AUGCUGUCCUGCCGCCUCCAGUGCGCGCUGGCUCUGCUUUCCAUCACCUUGGCUUUGAGCAGUGUCAGCGCUGCUCCCUCGGACCCGAGGCUCCGCCAGUUUCUGCAGAAAUCUCUGGCCGCCACAGCAGGGAAACAGGAAUUGGCCAAAUAUUUUUUGGCAGAACUUCUGUCAGAACCCAGCCAGACAGAAAAUGAGGCUUUGGAACCAGAGGAAUUGACCCAGGAUGUGGAACCAGAAGAAAUGCGGAUGGAACUCCAGAGAUCUGCUAACUCGAACCCAGCCAUGACAACCAGAGAACGCAAAGCUGGCUGCAAGAAUUUCUUCUGGAAGACAUUCACAUCCUGUUAGCUUUAGAGAAUUCUUCUCACCCAUUUCAGACCUCUGAGUCCUCUCCUCUAAACCCCUACCUUGUUCCCCAGUUCCCUGAAUCCUCAGCAAGACCAUCACAAUGAAAGCAGAUGAUUGUAAAUAUAAAACAAACAGAUAUGGUAAAAUUUAGAAGAAAAGACAAAAUGUGAUUUCAGAUUGUUUUAUUGAACCUUUCCAUUUUAAUAUACAUGAUUAGCUUGGUUUGUGACUUCAGACUAGUUCUUUACAGUAUACACUCCAACUCUCACAGAUGUAUUAUUUUGAAUUCUUUGUCCUAAUAAAGUUUAUGUUGCAAAUUGUAACCCUUAUAUUUUGAUCAUUUACAACUGAAAUGCCUUUUCAAGGAAAGUUAUGUCUUUAAACGUGCAUAUUUUGAGGAUUUCAGAUGGGGAGUUGCAGCAAAUAUCCCCAGUAAAUAAAAUCCCCUAUUUCAAAUUGUGUUUCCCUGUCUAGCUUGGUGUUUGUAUUUCUAGGUAGGCAUGCUUGAAUACAUACUUGUCUACCAAGCUGUUAUGUGAAAUAUCCAAUGUUCA